AAUAAAAAAUUAUCUAUGGUCACAAUUAAGUGUUAAAAAAAGUUGAGUUGACAAUUUUGACAGUUUUGAGUAAUAAAUUGUCAGUAAUCAGUAUUGUCAGUGUUCCAGCAGACUGUCGUUUUAUUCGUUUUGCUCAACAAUUAGUGAUAGUGUAGUGUAAGCGAAGUAGUUGUGGCGUUGUCGGUGAGAUCGCAAGUGUAUCCGUCCGUGUGGUCACGAGUGCAGGAUGCUGGGCGCAAUGCCUGCGCCGGAACUCGCUGGGUGAAAGUGUGUGGAGUUGUGACCGUGAGGCUGCGAGUGAGCGAAGCGCGAUUGCGAGUGGGUGACGAUGGGCGUGGGCCUGCAGCCGCUCGAGUUUACCGAGUGUCUCGCGGAUAGCCCCCAGUUCCGAGAGAACUUGCAGAGGCACGAGAAGGAAUUGGAACGCACCAGUCAGCAGAUUAAGCGGCUCAUAAAGGAAGUUAAGGAUGUGGUCCAAGCCGCCAAGAGGCUGGGGGCGGCGCAGCUGGCGCUGGCCACCAGCAUGGAGCAGUUCGAGUUCGCGUGCAUCGGCGCCUCCAUGACGGAGGACGAGCGCGUCAUCAGCCACUCGCUGCACCACUUCGCCACGCUCAUCCGCACCAUCGAGGACGAGCGGGACCGAAUGCUGGGCCGCGCGCACGAGCAGAUCAUCCAGCCGCUCGAGCGCUUCCGCAAGGAGCACAUCGGCGCUGUCAAGGAGGGCAAGAAGAAGUUUGACAAGAAGACUGCCAAGUUCUGCCAGAGCCAGGAGCGCACUCUCUCGCUGUCCACCAAGAAACCGGAGGCCGUGUUCCAAGAGGCGGACGCGGCCAUGGACAUGGCGGAGCGCGACUUCUGCCAGGCGUCGCUGGAGUACGUGUUCCAGCUGCAGGCCGUGCAGGAGCGCAAGAAGUUCGAGCUGGUGGAGACGCUGCUGGGCUUCGUGUUCGGCUGGUGGACCUUCCACCACACCGCGCACGACGUGCACGCCGACGCCGAGCCGCGCGUCAAGGACCUCCAGCUGCGCAUCCAGCGGACGCGCGGCAACUUCGAGGAGAUGAGCAAGCAGACCGAGUCGUUGAUGAAGAAGAUGAUGGAGCUGCGGCAGAUGAGCAAGGAGGAGGACGCGGCGCCCGAGGACGCGGCCGGCGGCCUGUCGCGCGCCGGGUACCUGUUCCUCAUGGAGAAGAAGGCGUUCGGCACGACGACGUGGAGCAAGCAGUACUGCACGUACGAGCACGGCGCGCGCCGCCUCGCGCUCACGCCCUACAACCAGAUGAACGUCAAGACGUCGGGCGCCACGGACGAGCUGGUCGUGAGCGGCGCGCGCGCCUGCGCCGAGCCCGUGGAGCGCCGCUUCUGCUGGGAGGCGCUGUCGGCCGAGCGCGACGCCGCGCUCACGCUGCAGGCGCUGGGCGAGCGCGACCGCGCCGCCUGGCUGCGCGCGCUGGCCGCCGCGCCCGCGCCCGCGCCGCGCGCCGCGCCGCCCGCGCCCGACCCCGCGCUGGCGCUGGACGACGCGGGCUUCGCCUUCGUGCGCCGCGUGCUGGCGGCGCUGGAGGCGCGCGGCCUGGAGGAGCAGGGCCUGUACCGCGUGGCAGGCGUGGCGUCCAAGGUGGCGCGCCUGGUGGCGGCGGCGGCGGCGGGCCGCGUGCCCGCGCUGGACGACCCCUUGGCCUGGGAGACCAAGACGCUGACGAGCGCGCUCAAGAGCUACCUGCGCGCGCUGCCCGACCCGCUCCUGACGCGCGCGCUGCACGACCAGUUCAUCGCCGUGGCCAAGAACUCGCGGCGCGGCGAGCGCGCGGCCGGCGUGGCGGCGCUGGUGCGGGCGCUGCCGCCGCGCAACCGCGACAUGCUGCGCCUCGUGCUGCGACACCUGCGCAGCGUGGCGGCGCGCAGCGACAAGAACCUGAUGUCGUGCUCCAACCUGGCGGUGUGCUUCGGGCCCACGCUGCUGCGGCCGGAGCGCGAGACGGUGGCGUCCAUCCUGGACCUGAAGUUCUACAACGUGCUGGUGGAGACUCUGCUCGAGCACUACGAACAGAUCUUCGAAGACGCGCCGCCGCCGCCGCCGGCGCCGCACAACGGGACGCUCAGAAUACAGAACAAACCAGAAUCCGCGUUCACUCAUGUGCAUGUCGUCAAAUGUGUCCAAAAACAAUACCUCCAUUUUUACUCGUAG